ACACACACACACUGACACACACUUUCUAUAAAGGUCCGUCUCUCCUCUAGUUGUUACUCGGCUUGCUUUCAUCAUCAAUGAAACACCCUUUUUCUCUUUUCCUGUUCAGUGUCACCAUGUCUGAUUUAAACGUCCUUAGAGGCCAUCAAGAGGAAGAAGAUGAGGAGCAGGGAGAGGGAGAAGAGCGCCCCAAAUACAAGCCGCUGGGCACACAGCUUGUUGCCCCUAAAAUCCCUGAGGGGGAGAGGGUUGACUUUGAUGUAUGUUCCUUCAAGGAUAUCCAUAGGAAAAGGAUGGAGAAAGACCUUCUGGAGCUGCAGACUCUGAUCGAUGUCCACUUUGAGCAGAGGAAGAAAGAGGAAGAGGAGCUGAUUGGACUCAAAGACAGGAUUGAGAGCCGCCGAGCAGAAAGAGCUGAGCAGCAGCGUGUGAGGGCUGAAAAAGAGCGUCACAGACAGACACGUAUUGCGGAGGAGAGACAGAGGAAAGAGGACGAAGAGGCGAAGAAGCGGGCCGAUGACGAGGCAAAGAAGAAGAAAGUGCUUUCCAACAUGGGGGCUCACUUUGGAGGAUUCCUGGCCAAGGCAGAGCAGAGGCGAGGCAAAAAACAAACUGCGAGGGAAAUCAAGAAGAAGACUCUGGCAGAAAGACGCAAGCCACUGGCUGUUGAGGCCCUCAGAGAAGAUGACCUGAGAGAGAGAGCCAAGGAGAUGUGGGAAUGUAUCUACCAGCUUGAGUCUGAGAAAUUUGACCUGACUGAGAAGACAAAGAGGCAGAAGUAUGAGGUUAGCCAUUUAGCUAAGAAUAUACAAAACUGGUAUUUAAAAAAUGGCUCAUUUGUGAGGUCAGCGUAUGUUUGUGUUUUCCAGAUCAACGUCCUCCUGAACAGAAUCCAAAAUGCUCAGAAAUUCAAAAAGGUCCAUGGUAAGGGGAAGGUCGGAGGACGCUGGAAGUGAACUCACACAAAAGGCACAAUGAAACAAGGGGGCGGUUUUCAUGUGGCAUUUUUAGUGAAAUAUAUCAACUUGCAAUUACAUCUUGCAAUUAUUAUUAUUAUUAUUGUUAUUAUUAUUAAAUGCAUGUAUACGUUAAAUAGACAAUUUUGUAAAAGGUCAUUUCUAGUAGUGUCAUUCAAAAUGGAAAUACAAUUGAAAUAAUAGUAAUAAAAAUGUAAACA